AUGUCGAGACGACACCUGACCCAGAGUAGUUCGUCCAAGGAAGUCUCGGAAACCCAAGAUGAGGCUGGGGCCCAACAUCCUAAAGUGCCCGUUUUAGUCACAAUUGACAGAGCGGAGACAGAUCCUGAUCUAGAGACACAAGUGGCAAACUCCACGAUGCGGAGAAGCUCGGAGACGGAUUCUAAAGAUUUCGAAUUACACCCUGGCGAAAUAAGCGAUAGCACUUUUGCCAAAAGACCGAACCUCACAGUGGUGACACAACCUGGUGGUAGUUCCUCGUCAAACAGUCGAAGGGCAGCCUCUGGCCAGCUUUCUGCAACCAGCAUAAAGUCUCAUUUUAAAAAUUUGAUCUCACCGUCAAAAUCACGGGAAAAUUCAGAUGCAUCUAUAGACGAACAGCGGAGCACACGCACCGAUCAGCGUUCAAACUCCGAAGAACGGAGACAAUCUUACGACUCCAGGGCCAACAGUUAUGGAAUUAGCGACGAAAAUCCUUUGACGGGUACUAUCAUCUCCACAAUUGAAGAGGGGGAUGUAGAUGACUUCAAAGACCUUCAGGAUGACUUUACUAAUGCCAUGGGCAAGGGGAGCUCUACAUGGCUCCCGCAAACGAAAAGAGAGUCCUCAAAGUCCGAUAUUUCAACAAUCGACAAUGAGUCUCAGCACUCACGAAUUGAUGAGCAACAAGAGAACACGCCAAUAGCGGAUGACCUCGAACCGUCUCACCCCGGAGAGAGUAGUUCGCAAGAUCUACUGAACACGCCAGGUAAAAAGAGCGCAAUCAAUUUUUUCAGCCUCAGCCCUCAAAAAUCCAAGAAAGUCGCUUUUGAAGAAACAGAGGAGUUUGAGGAACGCGAAUCUUCGGAAAGCACUGAAACGGACUCAGGAGCGGAAACUGAGAGUGAUAAACCAUCAAAAAAUCGUCCCUUGGUUCUAUGUGGGAAUUCCCUAGGUCUUUUCCCGCCUGAUCAUCGCUUGCGCGUCAAACUUGCCUCGAUUGUGACGAACAAGUGGACCUAUCGUGCCAACGUUCUCUUGCUGGUGUUCCUUGUCGUGGUCCUUACCGCAGCUUUUCUAGAUCGCGCAGACCAGAUAACUUAUUACUCUAGCACCGUAGGUGGAUUGCUAUUUGCGUUCAACAUAUUAUACACAAUCGACAUUCUAGCGCGGAUAAUUGUUUAUGGGUUUUGGGAUGAUUCGGCGGUGUUUCAUGCUCGAGGGGAGGAAUACAAGACAAUCCUCCAAAUUUUUGGAAUCGAGUCUUUUGUUCACGAUCUGGAGUCCAAAUACGGGAAAGAGUUCAUUAGAGGCAUCAUUCCAUUCAAAACCAGCUACGAUCAACUUGCAGGCAAGUCUGAUCGUAAGCAGAUCAGGAGCUCUGUGACCUUCGUUGGCUCUAUUUCUGACGAAAAAAAAACGGAGGUUCCUCUAUAUCGUGCGUAUGCUAGGAGUAGCUGGAAUAGAGUGGAACUGGUCUCAACUAUUUCCUUUUGGAUAUCCUUAUUUUUAUCGAUUGGGAAUUAUGACGAGAAACACGGCAUACGCAUAUUCAAGGCUCUUGCGGCGCUAAGAAUUCUGAAGCUUGCCAAGGAAGAAGGAAGUCAAACAAGAAUUUUAAACAGUCUGAAAUUUGGGCUACCACAGUUGAUCAAUGUGUGCUUUAUGCUCUUAUAUUUCUGGACACUUUUUGGAAUCCUGGGGGUACAAAGUUUCCAGGGGUCGCUGAGAAGAACCUGUGUUUGGACCAACCCCGAUGACCCUUCAGAGAGUUAUACUAAUAGCAUGCAGUUCUGUGGCGGGUAUUUGGAGGCUGUCACAAAAAGAAAAAUGCCUUAUGUUUUUUCCGAUCUCCGAGGCGGCCCUGUUUCAAAAGGAUAUCUAUGCCCCCAACACUCGAAGUGUGUUUCUGCCGAAAAUCCUUAUAAUGGCCGAGUCAGCUUUGAUAAUAUUUUGAGCUCUAUGGAACUAGUUUUUGUUACCAUCAGUGCAAACACAUUCACCGAUAUCAUGUAUGACACCAUGGAUUCUGACAGUAUGGCCUCCUCUCUUUUUUUCAUUUCCUGUAUCUUCUUUUUGAACAUUUGGAUGAUAAAUCUGAUGAUUGCAGUUCUGGUCUCUUCGUUUGAAAAAGCGAAUGAGUUAGCCAGAAGAAGUGGAUCGAAAGAUACAUCAUCUCGUCUAAAACGCAGGGGGAAGGCAAUCUGGACUUACAUUGGGAAAAAAGCUAGCUCGAGAAAGCUACCAGCUUGGAGCUCGAACUGCAUAAAAUGGUACAAGAAGUUCGAGUUCAUUUUUGUCAUAGCCAUAAGUGCCGAUCUUAUAGCACAAGCAACUCUGAGCUCAGAUAGCAGUGAUCAGCAAUUGGAGACCAUAUUUAAAUUUGAUCGGGCCGUGAACUAUGUGUUGUUGACCGAGUCACUGAUCAGAGUGAUUUGUUAUCUCCCCAAUCUUUGGAAACUUCUAAGGAAGCUUUCCUAUAUGUUUGAUAUUUCAACCUGCAUCGUAUCGGUAGCUAUAACUGUCCCCGCUAAUAGGAUCGCUCUGGGACAGGCCUAUUACUGGUUGAACAUUUUCCAGAUACUGCGCUUUUACCGUGUCAUAAGAAUUAUUGAGGUGACUAGAAAUCUUUGGAAGCAAGUGUUAGGAAAUGCGUUACUGAUACGAAAGCUGUCCGGAUUUUACUUUUUUUUCCUCUUCUUGGUUUCGGUCAUUAUGUCAGUCUACUUUACAGGGAUGGUACCCGACUCCGAAAUGGGCGAGAUGCCAUUCGCUUUCUACAACAUGACGAACUCAUUUUUAACACUAUUCAUCAUAGGCUCGACAGAAAAUUGGACAGAUUCCUUAUAUGCUGUCCAACAGUAUGCACCAAAUUACUCCUCGCAAUUCUUCGGCUCCGUUCUCCUGAUAGUGUGGUUUUUCCUGUCGAACUUUGUUAUGCUGAAUAUCUUCGUUGCGAUUAUAGCAGAAAGUUUAGAUGUCCCUGAAGAUAAGAAAAGGUCGUUACAGAUCAGGCAUUACUUACAGCAUGUCUAUCCCGAAAAGAUCAAGGAGUACACGAGCGCUACCCUCGCCCGACGAAUCAAACUGAAGCUUGUCAAGCACUCGGGGAAUGAAGAUUCCAGAGAUUUCAGACAAUUUCUUUUCAGAGGAACAGCAAUAGUGGGUAUUGCGCAGCAAUACGACAUUAUGGAUCUAAAGGGUGAAACGAAGAAAGAAAAGUAUGGGGCGUUUUUCCGUCUGCCACUUCAACUGUUAGACAAAAUGAAAAAACUGCCUUUUGUCAAGCCCUUCAUCGAUAAUCCUUUUCGAAAGAAACCAGAAGUUGUGUAUCUAGAAUCUACCGAUUCGGAGGGCUUGAAUAAAAAAUACACACUGAAGCUGAAUGAAUUUGAAGAGGAAAAGCUGCAUUAUAUGAAAGAGCAUCCAUUUUACAACAAUGCUUAUUUUAUUUUCCCUCCAAACCAUAUUUUUCGUCAAUUUUGUCAGAGUCUUACUCCUCCGUCGGUAGGCAAGAGGACAGAUGGUUUUCGUUUCUACGAGGACAACACCAAUGCUUACGAAAGGCACUACAGCCUCAGACAUUUCAAGCGGGACGUUUUCGUUGGUUUCAUCUCGAUUACAACAGUCUUGAUGGUUAUCUAUUCAUGCUUCAUUACUCCUCUCUAUCGCAUGAAACACUCUACAGUCAGAGUAUGGUCAAGAUACUUCGAUGCUACUUUUGUCGUUAUUUUCUCUUUAGAGUUCGUCAUCAAAACUGUCGCAGAUGGCCUGUCACACACUCCCAAUGCAUAUUUGCGCAAUCCUUGGAACUGCAUUGAUGUUACAGUCUUGAUUUCAAUCUGGAUAAACUUUGUUGCAAACUUGAAAGACGAUGAUGAUUUGUCCCGCGUAUUCAAAGGUCUCACAGCUCUGAGAGCUUUGAGAUGUCUCACAAUUAGUAGGACAGCUAGAUUGACAUUCAAUCAGGUUCUUUUUGAUGGUAUCGGAAAAAUUAUUGGUGCCGCAACUGUUUCUCUUACGGUUCUUUUCCCCUUCUCAGUUUGGGGUCUAGGAAUUUUCAGAGGGCGUCUCGGCACUUGCAAUGAUGGUGUCGACCUACCAAAGUGCUAUAAUGAAUUUUCUAACGAGAUAUUCGAUUGGAAUGUUCUUAUGCCCAGAGUUUACUCAGAACCUUACCUUUACAUGAACUCGAUUUCCAGCGCGUUUCGAACGCUGUAUGAGAUUGUUUCCCUGGAAGGCUGGGUUGAUAUUUUGACAAACAGUAUGGCGAGCACAGGGCUAGGUACUGUUCCGCAAAACUUUUCGACGGCCGUAAAUGGGCUUUUCUUUGUACUUUUCAAUUUUUUGAGCAUGGUUUUUAUCCUGACACUCUUUGUGUCCUUCAUCAUUCGUAACCAUGCUCGAACAACUGGAAGCGCCUUCUUGACCGUUGAAGAAAAAUCUUGGCUUGAAGUGAAACGUUUACUCUCACAAGCCAGACCCGAACCCAGUCCCGAAGUCAUGACCAUGAGUCCCAUUAGGUUGUUGAUAUAUCGUCUAGCGGUUGAAAAGGCAUUUUUUUGGUAUGCCCUUUUUCUCCAGUUAGUGCUGUAUGUUCAUAUCCUGACCUUACUUCUGUUCACAUAUGAGGAGAAUUACUCUCUGCAAAAAUAUCAAAAUGCAGUUUUCAUGGUGUCCACUUCAAUAUUUUUGAUUCAUGAGGUUUUCUAUGUCAUUGGCAAAGGAACAAGAUUAUGGUUUGCAAGAAAAUGGGAUGUUUUCAAGUUUUUCGUGGUGAUUUCAUCCUUCGGUCUUAAUAUCGCUAGACUCUCAACGGAUGGGGGCAUUCUGGGGUUUGACAACGUCCGGAAUCUCUUUCAGCUUGUGAUCUUUUUGUUUGUAAUCCCGCAAAACGACGUUUUGAGCGAACUGAUCAGCACCGCUAUGGCCAGUAUGCCUUCGAUUUUGUCUCUGACCUACACCUGGGGAAUUUUGUUCCUGGUGUACGCUAUUGCACUGAAUCAAAUUUUUGGGCUGACGAAAUUGGGUCCUAACACCACAGGGAAUCUGAAUUUCAGAACUGUGGUCAAAACGCUAAUUGUUCUAUUUCGCUGCAGUUUCGGCGAAGGAUGGAAUUAUAUCAUGGACGACAUAACCGUGACGUCACCCUUCUGUUACGUCGACGAUACUACAGGCCAUUCCGACUGCGGUUCGAAGCCUUACGCAUACGUUUUACUGAUGUCUUGGAACGUGCUGUCCAUGUACAUUUUCCUUAACAUGUUCGUAUCACUUGUUUUGGAGAAUUUCAGCUACCUGUACCACUCUGGUUCGGGAAGCAAAGCUGUAGCCAGCAGAGAUGAAAUCCGGAGAUUCAAAAACGCGUGGAAGAAAUUUGAUCCUGACGGAAUUGGAGAAAUCGAGCACAGCCAGUUGCCACGACUAAUGCAUUCCUUUGAAGGACGGCUCUCGUUCAAAAUAUGGGAAGGUAGGCUGUCGGUUAAGAGCUUGGUAGCAAAUUACAUGACAGUCAAUCCUAUGGACCCCUACGACGUACAGGUCGAUUUAAAAGGUUUGAAUGAGGAACUGCAGAGUAUUGACCAUCUAAAGAUAAUGGAGAGGAAACAGCAAUAUCGCAGGUUUGUGCAAGAGGCAUAUUACACCAGCGCUUUCAGUAACGGCAUCACUUUCAGCAAAAUCAUACAGCAGAUUCCGCUGUAUACUGCGUAUUCACCGCAAGAAUGCCUUGGCAUCGAUGAGUACGUGAAGAGACUGUAUGUGAUGGGCAAAGUCGACAAGUUUUUGGACAACGAAAGAAACGUAGAGGUAUUGAAAAUGGUGGUGACAAGAUGGAAGUUUCUAACAGAGCGUCCUGAUUUUCAAGCCGCGGUCUCGCAUAGACGCAAACCGAAUCCUUUGCGCAACCUGUCGGCGAUGGACUUGGAUGCUCCUGCUACGCCAAAUUUGGACGUGAGUUUUAACAAUUUUAGCUGGUCGCCCAGACAGGCGAGUCGAAACCGUUCUGGCAGUUUUGACCAGCGCUGGGGACACUUUGACUAG